CAGUCAUAUUCGAGUCUGUAAACACAAACUCGUCACAUGACAGAGGAAUAUUGCUCAGCCACUUCAGGAACAGUUCGACGCUCAAAUUAGAAUUGUUUCCGGUUAAAUUGGGGUCAAACAAAGGGGAUUGCACAUUACAAGACGUCACAAUGCUUAUACGAAGGGUGUUACAAUGUGGAGUGACCACUUUAAAGUCAUGCAGGACCAUUCACCACAGUGCUCAAUGGAGGAGUCCUCUCGUACCUAUCGUUGUUGAGCAGACGGGUCGAGGAGAGCGUGCGUAUGACAUCUACUCUCGUCUUCUGAGGGAGAGGAUCAUCUGUGUAAUGGGGCCGAUUGAUGACUCUGUGGCCAGUCUGGUUAUUGCUCAACUACUCUUUCUGCAGUCAGAGAGCAACAACAAACCCAUCCACAUGUACAUCAACAGUCCUGGCGGUGUUGUGACGGCAGGCCUAGCCAUCUACGACACCAUGCAGUACAUCCUCAACCCAAUCUCCACGUGGUGUGUGGGCCAGGCGGCUAGCAUGGGCAGUCUUCUCCUGGCUUCGGGCACGGCCGGCAUGAGGCACUCCCUGCCCAACGCCCGCAUCAUGGUGCACCAGCCUUCCGGAGGAGCCAGGGGUCAGGCUACAGACAUCGCCAUUCAGGCUGAGGAGAUCAUGAAGCUAAAGAAACAGAUCAAUCAACUCUACGCUAAACACACUGGCCAGCUGUUGACACAUAUAGAGAGUGUGAUGGAGAGAGAUCGUUACAUGAGCCCCAUUGAGGCACAGGACUUUGGGAUCAUCGACCGAGUGCUGGUGCAUCCUCCCCAGGCGGGCCAGGAUGACCCAGAGCUGGUCCAGAAGGAGCCCCCUACCGCCAUCUGCCCCUCGCCAGCCUCCGCCACCGAGCAGAGCCCCCCCGGGACCAACCACCCCUCCUCAUACAAACCCGAACCCUGACCUCAGACUACCAGGAAGCAGUCCCACACCAAUCACAAGCCAUCCUCUAUCUUCUAACCACCUAAAGGCACUUCUGUAGAUCGGAAUGGAUUGGACAGGUGCAAGCAUAUGCUGAUGUCCCGUAAAUCCUAAUGUAUUGGAGUGGAUACUAAUAUGCGAGAAGUUACAGCGUAGCCUACCAGAGGGCAAAGUGGAGCUAUUACUAUAUUGCUUAUAUCUGUCCAAUCCUUUCAUUUACAGAAGUGUUCUGGGUGGAUAGGGGUCGGUUUGGAACAAAGGACCUGCAUUGUAUACCUUUGUGCUGGAGAAACCUCUGGGAGAGGAGGCAAAAUGCAGCAGUAUUAGAAUAUUUACAUUUAAGAAUUAUCAUUUGACCAAUCUCAGAUUUGUACUGUCCCCCAUAAUAUGCACACUGUAUUUACCACAAACAAAGACUGCAGAUCUCUACAGUGAAGGAAACAAUAUAGCCCCCAUUUGUACAAGCCAUGACAAUUGUGAUGUUGAUUUUCACGAACUGGAAUAAAAUACAUUUUCUUUGAGUCACA